AUGGCUGCUCCCAAAUUCCCCAUUUUCCCUCUACCUACCACUGGAGCUCCUUCACUCGUGGACAUCUGUCUCCGAAAGGCCAUCAAGAACAUUCAUCUAAUCACGAGCUUAGGCGCCAUGCCUCCACAAUACACACAGCUCCUUCUCAAGGCUGUCAAAACAGCCCAACAGCUUCGCGAGAUCGAGGCCAAUAGCGAUACAGACGAAAUCUACGACCACACCGCUGAGCACUGGCAACGCUUCAUCAAAACCAAGUUCUCGCGGCUCUCGACCAAGCACAACUUCGCUCCAAGCGACCCCAAAUCCUGGCACAAAGUCUAUGACCUCUACGCGAAGCUCGACGCAGAGGAGGCUGCGGCCGCCACCGAGAUGAUGAAGCAGCAAUUCUCCCAAAAGCAAGCCAGCAUUCGUCAUUCCACGUACAUUUCCGCUAGCGAGGCCAAGAAGGUUCUCCCCAGCAGAGCAAAGCGUGGCUUUGGCGCGCCGCGUGAGAAGCAAACCUUCCUCCAAAAAGCCAAAGAGCAAGUUCGUCUGGAAGCGUCGCGCUUCAACCUCCGCACGCCCACUGGCCAACUCUUCGUCGCCCAAGGGCAAAUCAAGAAGGCGCCCGAAGCCAUGGUCAACGAAGCCCGGAUCAGGAGCCAACCCCACAUCCGCGCUCCGUCCAAGAGGCCGGCCACAGCCUCGCGUGAGGCCGAUCUGGACCUCAAGGGGAAUGAGGCACGCCUCCUGGGAAUCAAGAAGGUCGCCAAGCCCGCGGCCAAAACCGGCGUAACGCUCCUCAGCUUCACCGACAGCGAGAGCGAUGGCGAGAAUGCCGCUUCUACCGAUUCCAGGGCCAAAGAGGACAAUCUCUUCGACGACACUGACUCCAGAGACGAUGACGACCUGUUCGGCGACAUCACCUCCAAAAAAGCGCCGACUUCUGCCGCUUCAUCGCCCGCAAAACCCCGCUCCCCGGCACCCCUCCCCACGCGGACAUCCGCCAAGCGACACGGGACCGACGAGCUGCCCGCCGAAAAGCACCGCGCCCCGCCUCCUCCGUCACCAGCGCCCGCGCCCAAAUCCAUCAAACUUCCUGCCAGGCUCCCCAGCUUCUUCAACAAGCCACGGCGCCCCAUCGGCCUGUCCGCGACUCCUGGUGCCAACGGAGUGCCUCGGAAGAUCCCCAAGACUACACCUUAA